AUGUCGCAACCCGAAUUUCCUCCUUUCGGCUCCUCCGCAUGUUCGAAAGGUUCUUCGGUUACCCAGGAACAGGCGAGUCUCCACGCCGAUGCCACCACAGCCGCUCAACAGCCCCAUUUUCAGGACGAUGGUGAGAACGACUUCGUGAUUUAUCAUGCCGACAGGGUCUCAUUCAGUACUGCAGGGGAGUCAAACAUUGACAGUGGGCGCAAUCCUAAGACGGAGAGUAUCGAAGAGACCAUCAGACCCCAGUCUAAGGACCUCUGUGGGUCAUUUAGACCUUCUUCUGAAGUACAACUCGAGAUCCCUACCGUCGUUUUCCAGACUAUUGUCUUUGGAAUCAUGCGAGGACUAGGCAAGGAGAUUGAAGGGAAUACCGAAGCAGCAGGCGAGUUUGCACAAAAGUGCUCGUCAGAACAAUCACACCUGGAUCUCCAGGCGAUUGCACAAUUUAUGGGACAGCUUGGAUCCCCAAGUACACUCGGAGGAGACCCCCCAUACCUGGUGGCCGAGUACAUAGAGAUUUCUUACAGGUACCGCCUUUACGAGAACGGCUGUUUUGAUCCCAUUGAGACGGAGGGCGCAUUUGUCUCAGCCCUUACCAAGAGAAUGGCCAUCCGGGGCUACGAGGUCCUAGACACCCUAGCUGACUGGGAGCGCUUCCUAGCCUCUAGCUGCACGCCAUGCGUUGUCCGGCUGCAGGGUUUAUCAAACAUACAGGAUGUCCACUCGAUGAAGGCGGGAGCCGUGAAACGAAUCAUUGUCGGCCCUUGUUUUCCACCGUAUCUGCAUUUUGCUUACUUUGGCUUUUACAAUAGAUUGGAAGGCAAGAACGAUGUUGAUGAUAGCCCCGACGCCCGAGUCCAGCCAAACCAGUUCUCCGAAUAUCACUUCAGGUUUGGGCCAGAACCGGCAAACGUUAGAUCCCGUGACGUUCCAAUGAGCCCGGGCAAAGAUCGAACCAUGUUCAAUAUGCCCAACAGGGACUUAGCUCCCGAACCAUUCUUGUCCUUCGCCAGGAGGGAGUUUCUAAAGCCACUAUGCAAAGCCGAGUUGAUUCAACUUAUUACUGCCAUGGGACGGAUGACGAGAUACCCUCAACGCGCUCACGAUGUAAUCCUCGACGGGCCUAUCCAAAACGACUAUCUCGAAGACUUUCAUAUAUUUCUCACCCAAGGCUACCCGACCAACGGACUCGAUGUAGUUGAUCAAGCAGUGCGUGCCACUCUCCGGCUGGUAGUCAUGGGCAAUCCCGGCGAUCCAGAAGUCAUGAAAAUCACCCAAGCGUCCACGCAGACAGGACAUCACCAACUAUCACAGCCAGUCGAUGAAACUUUGUCGGAUUAUAUGAAGUUGAGGCUGGAAGCAUGGUCUGGUUCCGAUCCAAUUCAUGCGAGAGCUAUGGCAAAGCUUCGCACGGUUUGA